AUAAUUACUCAUAUCACACGCCCAUAAUCAGUAAUAGUUUUAAGUGGUUGUCGUCUCCAAAUAUUAGAUAUUUCAGCUUUUACUCAGUUUUGCGUUGUGAUUUUUGCGCAUCCUGACGGUGAUUCGGCCUCUUCCCCUGCCUGCAGUCAAAAUGACCAAGAAGAGGCGUAAUAACGGACGUUCCAAGAAAGGGCGCGGCCACGUCAGGCCGAUCCGCUGCACCAACUGCGGACGUUGCUGCCCCAAGGACAAGGCCAUCAAGAAGUUCGUCAUCCGCAACAUCGUGGAGGCUGCGGCCGUUAGGGAUAUCUCCGAGGCCAGCGUGUAUGAAGUGUACGCCCUUCCCAAGCUGUAUGCCAAGCUUCACUACUGUGUGAGCUGCGCCAUCCAUAGCAAGGUGGUGAGGAACCGGUCUCGCGAGGCUCGUAAGGACCGCACCCCUCCGCCCAGGUUCCGCCCACCAGGAAUGGGCCAGAGAGGGCCUGGAGGCCAAGGUGGCCAGGGAGGUGGUCCAGGCGGUGGUGGUGGUGGUCCAGGAGGGCCGCCCAGGACUUAGAGGCUGUCUACAUACAUGGAGGCUAAACAUGGAAUAAACAUGUAACAUCAGCUCAAA